AUGAAUCUUCUCGAGAUAAUGAAAUACUUCAAAAACAAAAUUUCUCCAAUCCAAUUAGAAGUAUAUUCGAGGGAACAACACCGACAUCAUCAUCAUCCUCAUCGUCAUAUCGAGAAGUAUUGCCAACAUCAUUACAUUCAGUAUUCACCACCAAGUAUACAACACCGGAGUUAUUUAAAUGGUGCGAAAAUAAGAUAA